AUGGCAGCGCACGCGACGCUCCCCUUCUCCUGCUCCUCCACGCUGCAAACCCUGACCCGCACCCUCUCCCCGCGCGGGGCCCACCGGCUCCGCCGCGGCUUCCUCCGCCUCCCCUCCCUCGCCGCGCUCCCGAGGCUCGCCCGCCCCUGCCGCCGCCACGUCUCGGCGUCCGCCGCCAACGGCGCCUCCGCCGAGCGGGAGUACGACUACGACCUCUUCACCAUCGGCGCCGGGAGCGGCGGCGUCCGCGCGUCGCGCUUCGCCUCCACGCUCCACGGCGCGCGCGUCGCCAUCUGCGAGAUGCCCUUCGCCACGAUCGCAUCGGACGAGCUCGGUGGCCUCGGCGGCACAUGCGUGCUUCGUGGCUGUGUUCCAAAGAAAUUGCUGGUAUAUGGAUCCAAGUACUCUCACGAGUUUGAAGAGUCUCGUGGCUUUGGAUGGACAUAUGAGACUGAUCCGAAGCAUGAUUGGAACACUCUCAUAGCCAAUAAAAACACAGAGCUGCAGCGCCUAGUUAGCAUUUACAGGAAUAUUUUAAACAAUGCAGGAGUCACUCUGAUUGAAGGCCGUGGAAAGAUUGUUGAUCCUCAUACUGUCAGCGUGAAUGGUAAGCUCUACACUGCUAAGCACAUACUAGUUGGUGUUGGUGGCCGACCAUCGAUGCCAGAUAUCCCUGGUAUAGAGCAUGUUAUAGAUUCGGAUGCUGCACUGGAUUUGCCUUCAAAACCUGAGAAAAUUGCAAUAGUGGGAGGUGGCUAUAUUGCUUUGGAGUUUGCUGGCAUUUUCAAUGGCUUAAAAAGUGAAGUCCAUGUGUUUAUUCGGCAGAAGAAAGUUUUAAGAGGAUUUGAUGAAGAGGUUAGAGAUUUUGUCUCUGAACAAAUGUCUUUAAGGGGCAUCACAUUUCAUACAGAACAGAGCCCUCAAGCUAUAACUAAAUCAAAUGAUGGUCUGUUAUCUCUGAAGACAAAUAAAGAAACUUUUGGUGGGUUCUCACAUGUAAUGUUUGCAACAGGUCGCAGACCAAAUACAAAGAACCUUGGACUGGAAGAGGUGGGGGUUGAAAUGGAUAAGAAUGGUGCGAUAGUGGUUGAUGAGUAUUCUCGUACCUCAGUUGAUUCCAUUUGGGCUGUGGGAGAUGUUACCAAUAGGGUCAACCUGACACCAGUUGCACUGAUGGAGGGUGGGGCAUUUGCGAAAACUGUCUUUGGCAAUGAACCUACCAAACCAGAUUACAGAGCUAUACCUUCUGCUGUGUUCUCCCAACCACCAAUUGGACAAGUUGGUCUUACUGAGGAGCAGGCAAUCGAAGAGUAUGGUGAUGUUGAUGUCUUUGUUGCCAACUUCAGGCCUCUCAAGGCCACUCUGUCUGGACUACCUGAUCGUGUAUUAAUGAAGAUUCUUGUGUGCGCUACAUCAAACAAAGUUGUAGGAGUGCACAUGUGUGGUGAUGAUGCACCUGAGAUAAUUCAGGGAAUUACAAUUGCUGUUAAAGCUGGGUUGACAAAGCAAGAUUUUGAUGCCACCAUUGGUAUCCACCCAACAUCUGCUGAGGAAUUUGUCACAAUGAGGAGCGCAACUAGAAAAAUUCGGAACAAAUCUGCAGAUCAGGUAGAAUCUAAAGAUGAGGUUGUAAUAAGUAAGCAGUAG